UCAGUUCAAACAAAGAGUUAGUUACUACCAAAAAGUAACUGCCCCCAGAAAAUGAAAACAAACAUAAAAUGUUGUUUUCCAACGAUGUUGAUGUGUAACUGUUAACAGCACAAUUUGUCGGGUGAACCCCAUCCCCAUUAUUAUUCUAAGAGAUCCUUGUUUGAGUCACUUGAAUUUGUUACCAACUAGAAUUUCCUUCUUUGGAUUUUAGGUAGGUUUGUUUGUGAGGAGGAGGGUUCGGAUUGACUUAUUUGAACUUAUGUAGUGACGUAAUCACUCGUGAGAGCUUAUGGAAACAACUUAAGACUUAUCCGGUCUUAGUAGCAAAAUGGGGGUUAUGUCAAGGAGGGUUGUGCCUGCCUGUGGCAACCUCUGUUGUGUUUGUCCUGCUCUUCGUGCUAGCUCGAGACAACCGGUGAAGCGUUACAAGAAGUUGUUGGCUGAAAUUUUUCCUCGUAAUCAGGUAGCUGAACCUAAUGAUAGAAAAAUUGGAAAGUUAUGUGACUAUGCCUCUAAGAAUCCGUUGAGAAUUCCUAAGAUUACUGAUAACUUGGAGCAAACAUGUUACAAGGAUUUGCGUAAUGAAGUAUUUGGUUCAGUGAGAGUUGUCUUGUGCAUAUACAGGAAACUCUUAUCAUCAUGUAAGGAGCAGAUGCCACUUUUUGCGGGUAGUUUAUUAGAGAUUAUUCGGACUCUUCUAGAACAAACUCGACAAGAUGAAAUCAGGAUCUUAGGCUGCAACACUCUUUCUGAUUUUAUAAAUUGCCAGACAGAUGGUACUUACAUGUUCAAUUUAGAGGGUUUUAUUCCCAAGCUAUGUCAAUUGGCUCAAGAAAUGGGGGAAGAUGAACGAGCUCUAGGUCUCCGUUCAGCUGGACUACAAGCUCUGUCCUAUAUGGUGCGUUUCAUGGGCGAGCAAUCACAUCUUUCAAUGGACUUGGAUGAAAUCAUGUUAGUGACUUUGGAGAAUUACAUGGGUUUCCACUCUAACUUCAAUCGCCCGAAGGAAUUUCCCAAAGAGGACGGCUCUUUAACAGAUAUCUCCAAGAAGGAUAAUUUGUGGCUGACUCUUGUGGCAGGGACUGGGAUAGACUCUAUGGUGGAUACUGCUAAAGAUCCGGCAUAUUGGUCAAAGGCUUGCUUGUAUAAUAUGGUCAAACUGGCAAGGGAAGCUACAACUCUGCGGCGUGUCCUUGAACCUCUUUUUCAUUAUUUUGAUACUCAAAAUCAGUGGUCUUCUGAAAAAGGAGAGGCUGUACGUGUUUUGAUGUAUUUACAAUCUCUUUUAGAAGAUUCAGGAGAUAACUCCUAUCUUCUGUUGUCCAUUUUGGUCAAGCACUUGGAUCAUAAGAAUGUUUCUAAGCAGCCUAUCCUUCAGAUUAAUAUUAUCAACACCACAGCACAACUUGCGAAAAAUGUGAAGCAAAAAGCUUCAGUUGCAAUAAUUGGUGCAAUAUCUGACCUCAUUAAGCACUUAAGAAGGUGCCUACAAAAUUUAGCUGCAGUUUCCAGUAUUGGGAAUGAUGAGUAUAAGUUGAAUACUGAACUUCAAUCUGCCUUAGAACUGUGUAUAUUACAACUUUCAAACAAGGUUGGGGAUGUAGGACCCAUCCUUGAUUUGAUGGCUGUGGUGUUAGAGAAUAUCUCAACUACGACCAUUGUAGCAAGAACAACAAUCUAUGCUGUUUAUCAAACUGCAAAGUUAGUUAUAUCCAUCCCUAACGUGUCAUACCACAAGAAGGCUUUCCCUGAUGCUUUGUUUCAUCAAUUGCUCCUGGUGAUGGCUCAUCCUGACCACGAAACACGAAUUGGGGCGCAUAGUGUCUUCUCUACAGUGCUUAUGCCAUCUCUGUUUUCUCCACAGUUAGACCAUAAAACAAUGAUGGCUGAGAAGGUACCAAGUGAGAGCCUCUCCAUUCAGCAGGAAAGCUUUUUAGGGGCAGAACAGAUCAAUAGGAAACCUGUGGAAGGAGGGGCAGUAGUUGAUGUCAGCAGUAGGAAAUAUAGAGUUCUUCCGUAUCGUGUUUACAGCUUUUCCGAUGCUCUAAAUCUUGGGAAAGAUGAGCUAAGUUCUUUUCGGUUAAGCAGCCACCAAGUAAGUCUCUUGCUUUCUUCAAUCUGGGUUCAGGCAACAUCUAUGGACAAUGGCCCGGCGAAUUUUGAGGCUAUGGCUCACACUUUUAGCAUUGCUUUAUUGUUCACCCGUUCAAAGACAUCCAGUUACUUGGCUUUAGUAAGAUGUUUCCAACUGGCAUUCUCCCUCAUGAGCAUUUCAUUGGACCAAGAAGGAGGUUUGCAACCAUCUCGCAGGAGGUCUCUUUUUACCUUGGCAUCGUACAUGCUUAUAUUCUCUGCCAAGACAGGCAAUUUCUCUGAGCUAAUUCCAAUAGUUAAAGCGUCCCUGAUAUAUUCAACAGUAGAUCCUUUUCUUGAGUUGGUCGAUGAUGUCAGGCUACAGGCUGUUAAUAUAGAAUCAGAGAAGAUAAUAUAUGGAUCACAAGAAGAUGAUGUUGCUGCUAUUAAGUCACUUUCGGCCGUAGAGUUGGAUGAUAAGAAGUUGAAAGAAACUGUACUCUCGUACUUCCUGACCAAAUAUUCAAAAUUACCGGAGGAUGAGUUGUCAAGCAUAAAGAAACAACUUGCACAGGGGUUUUCUCCUGAUGAUGCAUAUCCAAUGGGACCUCAAUUGUUUAUGGAGACAUCAAGGACAUGUUCCCCAGUUGCUCAGAUUGAGUACCCGGAUUUUGAUGAGAUUGUGGCUUCGGCAGCUUUGAUGGACGAAGAGACUGGGCCUGAACCAAGUGGAAAUCUGUCAGACUGCAAACAGUUGCUCUCUUUCAAUAACCUGACCAUUUUAAGCGUUAAUCAACUCUUAGAAUCGGUUUUGGAAACCGCACGGCAAGUCGCUAGUUUCCCCAUUCCUGCAAAUCCUGUACCUUAUGACCAAAUGAAGAACCAGUGUGAGGCUCUUGUAUCAGGGAAGCAACAGAAGAUGUCAGUUCUUCACAGUUUUAAGCACCAGCAGGAGACUAGAGCAUUAGUUCUUUCAAGUGCAAUUGAAACAAAAGUUUCCCCUCUACCAAUUAAGACACUGGAGUAUUCGGAAGGUGAUCUGAAGUUGGUGAGUCAAGAGCAAUUACAGACGCUGUAUGAAGUACGCCCAUGCUCAUAUGAUUAUAGACAGCAUCAUUCUUUGAGACUACCACCUGCCAGCCCCUAUGAUAAAUUCUUGAAAGCUGCUGGAUGCUAAUGGUGCUAGGUUACCAUUUAAGUAGACAUGAAUCUCUCCCCUCUAUUUUUUUUCGUCUUUUUAGUGUAUUGUUUUGUUUGAUUGUUGGUUGUCUCAUCGCCACAUAGUAGGCCAUUUUUUAUCUCAUUCAUCCUCAGUAAAAUGUGUGUAAAGACUAUCCACUGCAUGACCACUUAUCCCUAAAAAUGAGUUGAAACUUUUAAAAGUAUUUUAAUAUGAUUA